AUGACUGAACUAAACAAUAAUACAUUAAAUUCUGAUAAUUCUUGUAAUUCUAACAAUAAUUUAAAAAUAUUAAUUCCGCCACAAAAUGAGAAACAAAAUAUUCAAGAAAAUUUAAAUGAAACAAAAUUAGAAGAAGAAAAAGAAACAAAAUCAGAAAAAGAUUUAGAGUUAGAAAUAACACAAAAGACUGGCCCACAAGUAAAUCCUUACUUAAAUAAAGUAGCUUGGAUAUGUGCUUUUUGUAGUUUCCUACUUGGUUAUAGUACUGGUGUAAUUAACGGGGCAUUGCCGUUUAUGGUCGAUGAUUUACAAUUAUCACCAGCAAUUAUUGGUUUAGUUACUUCCUCGUUAUUAAUUGGAAGUGCUUUUGGUUCUCUUUUUGCUGGAAGAUUAGCUGAUAUUUUUGGUAGAAAGAUUACUUUGAUGGGAAAUACUCUAUUCUUUAUGAUUGGAACUUUGUGUUAUUCUCUCUCACCUAAUGCUGAAUGUUUAAUUGGUUUUAGAAUAAUGCUUGGUUUAACUAUUGGAGGUUUUUCUUCGGUUGUUAGCGUUUUAUUAGCAGAAUUUUCAACCCCCGAAUGUAGAGCAAGAAUGGUAACUCGAAGUUUUCUUUUAAUUAUGGUUGGAGAAUUUGGUGCUUUCAUUGCCAAUGCCGUUUUGGGAAUUCUUUGGAAUGAAGAAUCAAGUAUAUGGCGUUGGAUGUGUAUUUUAAGUAUUUUGCCAGCAAUUUUUGAAUUAGCCUUAAUUUUUUGGUUAAUGCCAGAAAGUCCUCGUUGGCUAGUUUCUGUUGGCAAAAACUCUGAGGCGAAAAUAAUUUUACACAAAAUUCGUUUUAAAUCUGAGGAAGCAGAUGCUGAAUUAGCAGAAAUUGAAAAAAUAAAAAAAUUGGAGGAAGGAAAAGUUGAAGGAGGAUUUUCUGUUUUUAUUGAAAUGCUUGGCUUGUCAUGGUUUCGUAGAAGCCUUUUAAUAGGUAUUGGAAUUGGUUUAAGUUUGGCAGCAGAGGGCGGGGGUAUUAUUAUGUAUUAUGCUACUUUAAUGCUUCGAGAUAAUAAUGGAGGGGAUACUGAUGCUGCUUUACUUGGAAAUACAAUUAAUGGGUUAAUUUCACUUGUUGCCUCAGCUGUAGGACUUUGGUUAAUUAGUAAAGUACCGCGCAGACCAUUAUAUUUAUUUGGCGUAUUUGGCUCUGUUAUUCCCCACACAACAACAGUUCUUUUUUGUUUUCUAUUAACAAAUGGUCCCCUUAAAGGAUGGCUUAUUUUAUCUUCUAUGCUUGCAUUUUUAAUGUUACAACAGGGAGCUAUUAUGACUGUAGGCAGUCUUCUCUUAACAGAAAUUUUCCCUUUACGUGUUCGUGGACUCGGUGUUGGUAUAAGUCUUUGGUUUGCUUGGAUGAAUAAUUUCUUAACAAGUCUACUUUUCCCUAUGGCAGUUGAUGCUUUUGGUUAUUCGAUAACUUUUGUUAUUUUGGUUAUUCUUUGUUGUAUUGUUGGCAUUUUUGUUUUAAUUUUUAUACCCGAAACACGUGGAAAAUCUUUGGAAAAGUUGGAAAUGGAAUUUCAAGGAGAAAGUAAAGAAUCUGUAAACGAAUCGAAAAUUAGUAAUAAUGAAGAAGAAGAAAAGAACUUUAAAUAA